AUGACAGAACAACACUCCGUCAUUCGAAUCACCACCCCCAGUCAAACAUUUCAAGGCCAUAGAGACAGUCUCUUCGCAGUCGCGGCCAUCCUCGAUGGUAGAGGCCGUAUGGUGACGGCAUCGUACGACAAGAAGCUUCGUCUAUGGAACUUAGAAGACGGUGUUGUGUUGAAGAUAAUGGAAGGGCAUACCUUUGGCAUACGAGAACUUGCAGUAUCAAAAGACGGGGAAUGGAUCGUAAGUGGUGAUGAUGGUGGAAGAAUCAUAGCUUGGAACAAAGACGGCGAAUCUCUCACCCAGCCCAUCAAAGUCCACUCCAAACAGAUAGGGUCGCUUGAUUUUUCCCCAGACAGCACAUCACUAGCGAGCGGCUCAUGGGACACCACAGUGGAGCUCUGGAACCCAAGAACAUGGCAACUGCAAGGGGAACCAAUCAGUUGUGGCGCUGAAAUCCGCUGUGUUCGGUAUUCGCCGUCUGGUGAAUAUCUUGCUAUCGCAACCAAGAAUGAUAUCCAAAUAUGGAACCCAUUCAAGAGAGAACGCAUCGCAAAGUUCCAGGGUCAUUCUGCGUUCAACGGAGCAUGGAAUACUACACUCCUAUGGACGCCCGAUGGCAAACAGCUUGUCUCGGCUGGUUCUACUAGUGAUCCUACUUUACGGAUAUGGGAUUCAUCGACCUGGCAGCAGGUUGGUGAACCUUGCAAAGGCCACACUAACUUUGUCUUCAUGAUUGCCUUGAACCCUGCUGGCACCCUUCUCGCGUCUGCAUCUAAAGACUGCCAGGUUCGCCUUUGGCGGCUUUCGGAUCGACGAACCAUCGCCAUAUUAAAGCACAUCGAUGAGGCUUAUUGUGUCACCUUCUCCACGGAUGGCAAGUGCAUCCUGAGUGGAGGGAAAGAUGCAAUUAUUUCAAAGUGGACAGUACCUUUACUUGAGGACAUUCUUGAGGACCAGGAAACUGAUGAUGCGCUACGGAAAGACACUGUCAAGGAACAAGUAACGAAUCACAUCCUCACUAUCGACACGACAGCCCGUGAUGCAUGCACAAGCGGUGACUUACCUACUGCUUGCAGGCUGCUUACCCAAGAUAUCAACACUAAUAGCAACGACUACAACUCUUACGCGAAUCGAUCGUUUGUUAUGGCGAGAAAAUCUGACUGGGACUGCGCACUCGAUGAUGCACUAAAAAGUAUGAGCAUUCAGCCAUCCUUGAUGGGCUGUAUCUCCAAGGGCAUCGCCCUCUGUGGUAAAGGGCAGUUAUAUGGCGCGAUGAGGGCGUUUGACCUUGCGUUUAUGUUCGUGGAUGCAGAUUCGGAUGCCACUCAUCUUCUGCUUUUGAUUAAGGCCAUCGUCUUUUUUAAUGCAAAUCAUCAUGAUGAAGCCAUUCUUCGCGUCCAAGAGUUAGCUACCACGUGCCCCAGUGCCGAUACUCUUGCCUGUCGUGUCGUGGAAGCUUAUUUACGUGUCCAGAUGGGGAUCAAGUUAAAUGGGGUGCGUUAUAACGAAGCUGUUGAUCAGUUCACUGCUGCUAUCAAUGCCAUCCCUGUCUCGUCUACGCCGGACAUUCAUUUCAAAUAUGAUGUCUUCGUGGUCCUAUUCGGCUGGGACCUCCUGUCUUUGUGGCGAACUGCAUAUCAGAAUUUGUGCCGUGUACUCCUUCGAGCAGGUAGACAUGCGGAAGCCCUCAAAUCGUACCGGUGCAUGAUGGAUGAGAGCGAUGAAGCUACGAAGGCAAGCUGUCUUGAUUGGUCCACUGCUUUCAAGCGAGAUUGCAGCGCGCUAUAUGUUGCCAACGGAGUGACUGAUGUUGCUACAAAGGGAGAUGACGCCUUCGCUGCGGGUGACUACAACAGAGCUAUCGAGCUAUACUCUGCGGCAAUUGACUUGGAUGUUGCAACCGAUACCAUCUUUGCAAACCGCAGUAAGGCGAGGUCGGAAAGAAUGCUGUGGGACGAUGCGCUGCUGGAUGCACAAAUGGUGUGGUUGGAUCAAGUAGCCCUACCUCGUGCUCAUAUUGCUGGGUUUCAGGUUAUCGCACUCAAUCCUCUCUCUUAUGUUGGAUACCAGUUGAAGCAUGCAGCGCUUCAUGGCGCACGACGCUAUGACGAAGCAAUUGAGGCUUUCCAGGUCAUGCUGUCCAAGUUGGACAACGCUCCUGACGAACAAGUACCAGUGCUGCACCGAAAGUAUAUAUCUCUAUCCGAAGCAGAAGCUGCUGUCCAACAAAUAAUUCAUGCUCAACUCGACAACGCCCCGUAUCGUCUACUCAACACCUUCACUGGGCGCUUAUGUGAUCGACAGGCGCAGAUCAACACCUUCACAUCAAGCAUGGAGUACAAAGAGUUACUGUCAUUCACAAUGAAUCAUGGAGGCAUUCAAAUGGAACGAGUCAAUGAGGUGGUGGAGCACUUCCGUUGGGUCAUGUUAUCUCAUAGGUGGGAAGGAGCAGAGCCACUACUACACGACAUCAGGGACAAGGUCGUUUACGACUUGAAUCCCCUUGGCGGCAUGACGAAGCUGCAGUCCUUUUUCGACCAAACUAACAACGUCGAAGUGCAACUAUCAGUCAACUCCAUGUUUAUUUGGUAUCGCCAUUCAGCACUUACCAUCGUCUACCUGUCGGAUGUUCCGCCUUCGUCGAUGGCAGGGAGCGCCUGGAAUACCCGCGGAUGGACAGUCCAAGAGUUCCUGGCUCCUAAUAUUGUCCUCUUUUAUCAGAAGGACUGGACUCCAUAUCUGGAUGAUCGCUCUUCCAAUCACAAGAAUUCUGUUGCAAUAAUGCAAGAAAUGGGAAAUGCCACAGGCAUAGAUGCACGAACCCUUGUCGCCUUCCGUCCGGGGAUGAGACACGCCAGGGAGAAACUCCAAUGGGUGUCAGCGCGAGUCACCACGUGGCAGGAAGACAUUGCAUACUCAUUGUUUGGUAUAUUCGGCAUCAACCUACCUGUCAUUUAUGGCGAGAGGAGGCAAAGGGCGCUCGGGAGGCUCUUGCAGGAGGUUGUAGCUCAGUCGGGCGACAUCAGUGCCCUGGACUGGAUCGGGGAAUCAUCCGAGUUCAAUAGCUGUCUACCAGCCAACAUCACUUCAUACACAGCUCCGCCGUACACGCUGCCAUCUCUGCCUGAAGAUGAGAUUCAGACUUCGGUCUCCUUACUGCGAAACACUGAAGCCAUGGAAUCAGCUUCGAAGCUUUAUACCUUUCUGGACCAGAUGAGCGCUCCUCGUUUCGCGAACUGCAGACUGCAUCUGCCUUGCAUAACAUUUCGUGUCACAGCAGUGAGACGGAGUCAUACUCAAGACCAGAAUUCAUAUACCGCGUAUGAAGUCAAUGCAGACGGCCUCCAUGACCUGUUAAUCACUACAGAGGACAAAUUGAUGCCCUCCUCUUGGACAUUUGCCACGCGGCAGACGUUCUUGCUCGUCCGUCCGUGGGAUCGUGAUCUCCUCGAGCUGCUUGAGUUUUCGGAGCUGUCUAGUUUGACAGGGCUGCCUGACAUUGCAGACGACACGCAGAGCGAGGAAUCUUAUUGGUCCGCGCCUGGGUCUCCGUUACAGGAUUUGCCUGACGGCUCCCUUGAAUCAGAGGACUCGGAGUCGGUUGAUUUGGAAUCGAGCGAGCGAGCAUUGCGAUUGAUCGUUCGCCUUGGACAACCAUUCAGUGCAUUUUUGCUAGCCCAGCAGCGUGGCGGAGAAUACAAGAGAAUAGCAUCGGAUCAUGCCAUCAUUGCACAAGUCAACGACGUGGUCUUUGCUCAGGAUAUUAAGAUACUCGAGAUAUUGUAGCUGCCAGCUGUGUCAGUAUGCAUAUUGUAGACGUAGAUCUCUAAGAACUUUCCAUUCUCGAGCCGACAGCUAUCGGUAUGCGCCAUGCGCAGCCUUUCAUACUUGUAUCCAAGAAAUCUCAUUUGUAAACUUUUAGAAGGUUGAUCACUUUUCUCACCCGCGUAGAAGUCAUCGUGUCGCACUAUGUCACACUGCCGUUUUGAUCUGACGAAGGAAACUUACAUAGACUGGUGACCAGCCCCAUAUCUAUAGUGUUGGGCACAGGUGAAUCGGAU